CUUGUAACUAAACAUUUGUUAUUCAAUGAUCAUGGCAUGCUUUUAUUGUGGCGGCCCAUUCUAUAGUCUGAAUUAUUUUGGAGAAGUGGAAGUGAAACGUGGUCCCUAAACUUCAAAUGUGGGCUGCAGCCUUGUAGACUUUCAGACCAUGCAAGGAAUCUUGCCUUGUAUCAAUGAACUUUUGACUGCUGAGUGGUUGGCGGAUUACGUUAUACAUUAUUACGCCCACCUAAGCCGGACAGUUAGUCAAUCAAGCACGAAAACUGAUCUCCACGAUUUGUCUUUAAAAAGAGAUUCCUUGUUCAUUGACCACUCAGUGUUAGAAGAGGAACUCAACACACGAGAGACUCAAGGUAACUUGCUCCGGAGGGAUCCAAGAUUUAAGACAUGGCCAACUUUCAAGUUUUGCUUCUGACUAUUGUGGCGUGCACUGUGAUACUCCAGGCCAAAGGCCUUGAUCUGUACCGCAGAAGAUUUUAUGGUGAGUUCAGUUGUUAUACCUAUAGAUGUUAAAGUGACGCGAAAAAAAUGGUCGUCAGCUUCUGCAGCUGGAGUUUAGAGUCAUUUGCUUGUAUCGGAAAAUCUACUGUCAUGUAAAGGUGAUGUGAUCAGUUGGUCAAUUGCUGUCAUCUGCUUGGUAAUGUAUUGAUUGUCCCUUUCAUUGAUUCUCCUCGCGGUCUUUGUCGUUCACAGACGUGCCAAUGAGAAGGUAUGAUGCACGCGAUCUUUAUGGUAAGUACGCUGGUGGCUUAUGUAUCUACAAGAAGUUGUUCAGUGAGACUGGUUAACUCCUGUCAUCUGUUAUCGCAUAAAAUGUAUCUCAUAGCAUCUUGUUCUCUCAUAACCAACUUGUUCUCUGUCGUUUUCAGACGCGCCUUUGAGAACAGAUGAUGCGAUAGACCUUUAUGGUGAGUGGCUGUGUGUAUUUAGUCGUUCAGGGAGAGUUUUAACAGCACUGGGAAACAGAAAAUUCAGAGACAACUCCUCUAUUGUCUACUCCGUAUUCUCGAUAUCUUCUACAGUUUUUUGUCCUUUAAUUCGCACUGUUGAUCAAAAAGAAAUUUCUCUGAGAUUUAGAUGCAUUCUUAUGCCAAAAAGGAACGAGAACAGCGAAAAUCAUAAACUAGGGAAAUUUUUAGAUUUGUUAGCAAAGUCUCAAUGCUAAAAUUGGUAGACAGGGCUGAAAAUUGAUGUUAAGACCAAGUAGGAGGGCAAGGAUCGUUGAACCAAAAACCAUCUAGUAUACAAGUUUGCAUGCUUCUUAAAUGUUUAACUGAAUUUGAAUUCUUUCAUCUGCUAAUUCUAACAAAGAACAUCUCCUUUAGUAUAAAAGUUCGCGUAUAGAUUGAAAACAAACUCUAAGCCUUGUCCGCCACUUGUUUUGAUCACGUUUUAGUGUGAUACAUGAUCUGUAACUGCACGAUUUCUAUAAAAUAUGCAAUGCGUUCCCGACAUACAUUGCACUCGUUUUGACGGUAAAGAACUAGGACACGAAAGUUUAAAGCAUUUUUGCAUGAUGUAAUCACUACAAAUUGAACUUUAGGUGAAGUUCGUUUUAAGUGUUGUAACUCCAAACCCAGCGUGAGCAAAACAACCGACCAGAACAAAGGAGAAUGACACAAAACCCAAUCGGAACUCAAGGGAAGAACAAAAAAAACUGCCUUAAGCGCGAGAAUUCGUUCUGAUUGGUUGCUAGUUUGGCGCGAGUUUCCAGAGCAAUUGGCGGGGCUGAUUCGGGAAAUGACCCGCCAAAGUCCCUCUCGGGAGGAGCGAAGACCGGACCCAAGAAAAUGGCGGAAAUCGAGAACCUCAGUGCAAUUGCAGACAAACUCCCUAUUCGUGGCACUUUUUCACAGCUAAUCUUCCAAAUACCAUUACGGGAUAUGUUAUUCCUUCCACAAAAUACUACUAAUAUUACCUUUUGUUCAUUGAUAAUUUGGUAAUGUAUGGUCAAGUUACAUGUUCAACUUUUUCAGAGAGCAAACCUUCUAAGCGAAGAAUCCCCUCUUUAGUUAGAUAACGCUAACAAGAUGCAAAAAACGUGGUCUUUUUCGGAGUCUUGUACGCGGCAUCCCACCAAACGGCUUCAAAGAAGGCCACACCAACGGGGCUUAAGGCGCGACUCUGGUUGUUAGAACAAUACCCUUCGCAGAUAGAGCACUUGAUAACAAAUCUUUCAUAAUUAUCUGCAGAGAGAGGGACUACGCCAUGUGUGGAUGAGAACCCUGGCUAUUGCAGAAUGUUUCAUAGAAUGUGCAUAAUAACCAACAAUGAUAAAUUUGUGAACGUGAAAAAUCGCGAAAGAUUCGUGUACGAUGUAUGCCCGCGAACUUGUGGAGUGUGUGGGAAGAAAUAAAAGGGUGAGCAGAAGAUCUCAUUUAACAAUUCAUCCCUUUACAACCUGACAUCAGUAUGCAUAUUCUCCAUACUUUUCUCUCUACAUUUCUCAAGGUGCUGCUAAGGGGAAUCUCCUUAACAAUCCAGAGCUUCUUUAGUCCAAAUUUAGAUCUUUAUUCUCAUGACCUUAAUGUUUGAUUCCGGAGUGAUACUGUUGCGAGAAAUUCGAUGCUUAUCACUCUUGGGGAUUUUGCGUGUUACAUGGUAUUCUCUGGGGUUUUGCCGUCGGUUUUAACUAUGUCUGAGAAUAAAACCCGUAAGCAUAAUUGCAAACCAAAAGUGCAAUAAGCGAUAGUUGCGUACUCGUGACCUAAUAUGGUGACAGAGUGUUAACUUGUGGAUCGUGCAUGUGUGCCAAACAGAAUUGGUGGCAUCAAAUUGGGGGAUCAAGUUUCUGAAGACAAUUUGGUUUCAUCAACUGAGUUGAUAAUGUAAAUUGGCCAAAAUGAAGAGUUCCAAAGGUGACAUUUUGAACAUUAACCCAUCGUCAGAGAUGGAUAACGCUCGAAACGUCAGCUUUGGACACUUUGGCCAACUUAUAUUAUCCACUCAGUUGAUAAAACUAAUUUAUUUGACAUACAUAUUUGCUAGUAAACUAAUUGGUAAUUACCAUCACUUUCUUCCUCCUCUGACUGUUAUCAUUUGCUUCAUUGUAUGCAUAUUAGCUAAUUUUGUGAUUGCUACACUAAGUUGUUUUGUUGCCCCUCUCCUUCUUCUCGACUCCCAGCUCUUAUUUUUUUCUUUUGUUUUUCGAACAGAAUACAUGAAGAGUGGACAGAUCGGGAUAACGCUAGCUUUUCUUCGCUAUUUGAAACAGAGAAUUAAACUUUGUAUCACUUAUUAAAUCUGCGACAAUUUUUUUGACAUAAUAAACCAAACUAUAAGAAAAUUGAAUAUACUCGUUCUAUGAGAGUUCUAUUAAUGGCUGGAAAUUGUAUAGCGUUUUUAUAUACACAUAGACUGCGGGUUUGUGGAUAUUUUAAGGCAACAUCAACGUAUUUUUUCAUGAGAAAAACUCAACCGGUAUGCCAGUGACCUCUACGUAAUAUUCUGGUGUGCUAAGUUCUGGAGCGACAAGGUAGCUCUAGACAGCGAAUCGUUAAUUCUUUUGAUGCAUCAUCACCCUUUCAGUUUCUGAUUACUAAAAAUGAUUCAAUUCCUUAGACCCAGGUUCUUUUUGUCUUCGACAAAAAAUCAAUACGAGGAACUUCAAAGAAAGAUGUAAUAUACUUAGAUUUUAAUGAUUUUUAGAAUUUCCUCUGUUCCAUAAACGUAAUAUUGUGACCUCGCAGAGAUAGGAACCAUUUUAAAAGAGAAAACAACGAUGUUGUCAUGGUACCCAGAUAAUUCAAGAUGGCGCCUUUACUUUUCAUGAGACCAAACUCAACUUUCCUCUCAGAUAAAAGUAUUUUUUAUAGAGAACUCGUUUUUAUUUUAUGCUGGAAGUUUAAAAAUUAGUUUUACGAAGCUUACUUUACAUGCGAGUGAUAGCUGCAUUCGGCACGGUUUUGUUGAAAGGUGUGUCGUCAAAUCUUUCUUUCGUUUCAGUAUCUUACUACUAUACAUAACAAACAGAACGUUAAUUAUCUCCUUGUGCAAACGAUUUAUCUUCUCGUGAGAGAUAACAUCGACUUCUCAGAAAAAGCUUUCUAUACAUGCACAGCCACUUCAUAUCUUCUGUUUUUCAAAUCAUCGGCAUUGAUGAGUCAGUGUAACUUCCAAAAGCUGUGCCUGAUACCAGCAGAACUCACCGAGUUAGACUAAGAAAAUUUCCUUGUCCGAAAAUUUUGCUAAAUAGCCGUUGGAAAACCAUUAGCUGGUAACAACUUCCAAAAAUAAACCAAAUGAUAAUAAUAAUA